UGAUUACCAGGGUUUAGCGAUUUCAAACAGAAAUAAUCAACAAUGGACGACGAAUCGAAAACAUUGAAAAGAAGUAUACCAGUUUUACCAUGGAUGAGAUGUCCAGUUGACGUUAAACAAGUCGAAGAAUGCUCGCUUAAUCUCAUUCCGUGCCUUGAUCACAGAUUAAAAGAAGCUUUAGAGCAGAUGAAUUUCACAUCAUUAUUUCCAGUUCAAGUAGCUGUUUGGCAAGAAAUAAUUGGACCUGGUAAUUUUGAAAGAGACCUUUGCAUAAAUUCACCUACAGGAAGCGGUAAAACUUUAGCUUACGCUUUACCUAUAUUGCAAUUACUUUCGACUCGUUCUAUCCAGUGUCUUCGCGCAUUAAUUGUGUUGCCGACUCGCGAUUUAGCUUUACAGGUUAAGCAAGUUUUUGAUGAACUUGCACCUGCUGUGGGAUUAUCGGUUGGUUUAGCUGUUGGUCAAUCUUCAAUUGCUAGUGAAAUUAGUGAGCUUAUUAAGAGACCUAAGCUUGAGGCUGGCAUUUGUUAUGAUCCGGAUGAUUUUAUGCUCAUGCAAGAGUUAGUUAGUUCGGUUGAUAUUUUGGUUGCAACACCAGGGCGGCUAAUGGAUCAUAUUACUAACACGAAGGGAUUCACGCUUGAGCACCUUCGUUAUCUUGUUGUCGAUGAAACAGAUCGUUUGCUUAGAGAGGCAUACCAAUCUUGGCUUCCUACUGUGCUCAAAAUGACCAGUUCUCUUGACGAAAGUAUCCUGCCUCAUGCUUAUAAUUUCAUAGCUCCUACAUUUGGUGGUCCUUUGAAAACCAUAAGGAGAUGUGGUGUUGAAAGGGGGUUUAAGGGGAAAUCCUAUCCAAGACUUGCAAAGAUGGUUUUAUCUGCUACAUUAACCCAAGAUCCAAGCAAGCUUGGUCAACUUGAUUUGCACCAUCCUUUGUUCCUAACAACCGGGCAAAGGCGUUAUGAGCUGCCUGAAAAACUGGAAUCCUACAGUGUGAUUUGUGAGCCCAACCUGAAACCUCUAUACCUGCUUGCCCUGCUACAAAAUUUAGGAGGGGAGAAGUGCAUCGUUUUUGCAUCAUCUGUGGAGUCGACUCAUCGGCUUUGCACCUUGUUAAAAUUGUUUGAUGAUUUAAAAGUGAAGGUCAAGGAGUAUUCCCGUCUUCAACAUCAAUCCGUAAGAAGCAAGACUUUGAAGGCCUUCCGGGAAGGAAAGAUUCAGGUACUCGUUUCUUCUGAUGCAAUGACUCGUGGGAUGGAUGUUGAAGGGGUGAGAAAUGUCAUUAACUAUGAUAAACCUACUUACAUAAAGACAUAUAUACAUCGGGCUGGCCGUACAGCGAGAGCAAGCCAGGUUGGGCGCUGUUUCACAUUGUUGCAUAAAGAUGAGGUAAGGCAUUUCAGGAAAUUAUUACAGAAGGCUGACAAUGAAUCUUUUCCAGUUUAUUCUCUUCCUUCUAAUUCCAUCGAGUCUCUUCACUCUAGCUACGAGUCUGCGAUGGAGAAACUAAAAGAGAAAGUUCAAUCCGAAACGUCCAGGAAACAUAGAUCUGGUUUAAAAUCUCAAAGGCAGGCCAAGGAGAAGAGGAAAAAAUCAAUCAAGGACUAGCUUUAUUCAUCAAUCUUGGUUCUAUAUUUCAGAGUCUUUUUGGUGUAUUCAGGUCAGUUAGAGGAUAUACGAUGAUUAGAAGUAGCUAAACUUAUCAUUUUGACAAGGAAAUUCGUCAUAACAUAAUCCAAGUGUAAAAUCCUUCUUUUGUACCAUCAUUGUUAUAUUUCACAUCAUUAUUUUUCUCCA